GAUUACCAUUUUGCGUGCUUCACGUGGUGCAGUGACGUUGCUAGGCCACUGGCCAUGUUGGGAACGCAGUGGGUUCCGGGUACAGUGCUGGAAAAUACAUGGAGAAUUUAGCGGUGUGGUGUAAAGAGCAGUUGAAAAGUAGAUUCGGACUUGAAGUUAGUGAAGAUGUUGCGCAGUAUAUUUUAGCUAUAGAGAAUGCACAGGAAAUUGAAGAGUAUGUUGCUGAUUUGGUCCAUGGUUCAGAUGGGAAGAAACAAAUGUUUACUGAGGAGCUGAUAGAGAAGUGGCAAAAAUAUCACCAUGCUCCUAUGACUGGGAAUGUACAAACUUAUCUUAAAAAAGAUGAUGAUACUGAGGUACAGAAAUCUAGUGGAGAGCCAUUUAAGAAAUCUAAAAGAAAGGGUAGAAACAAGCAAGAAACUUUGGCUUUUACAGAGCAAGUGCCAACAACUGAGGAAGUGAAAACCCCCAUUGAUCUUGCAAAGAUACUGCAGCAUCUGGGAUUCAGAAAGACUUGGGAUCAGAACUUCUUCCUCACCAAGAAGCCCGGCUGAAGGGGGGUUUAGAAAAGGCAAUAAAACAUAAAGACAAGCUAUUGGAAUUUGACAGAACAAGUGUUAGCAGAACUAAGGUCAUUGAUGAUGAGUCGGACUACUUUUCCACAGAUUCCAACCAGUGGCUGUCUAAGCAGGAGCGAGAAGCUCUACGCAAGAGGGAGGAGGAGCUAAGAGAGCUUAGGCAUGCAUCCCGCCUUGAAAGGAAAAUCACACUUGACUUUGCUGGCAGAAAAGUAGUAGAAGAGCCCAGUGAAUUGUCUGAGUACUAUAGCAAGCUUGAUGAAACCGUACAAAUGAUUAAUUCUGGGGGACUAACUAAGCAGGGAAAGGAGUGCGUUUCCAAGGAGCAGCAACGGGAGUUAGUGAAUCCCAGUAUCCUACAGCCUUGUCCUGUGUGGGUAGAUCAGUUAGCACCUGGGAUGCAAAGACAAAAAGGAGGAAGCAAAAAUGACCUUAAUAAUGAACGGAGUAAACUUCGAAUCCAAGACAGAGAGCUACAGGAAAUCUCAGAUGAUGGCUGGUGUCUCAGCAUGCAUCAGCCAUGGGCAUCUUUGCUUGUCAAAGGAAUUAAGAGGGUGGAAGGUAGGACUUGGUACACCUCACACAGGGGCCGUCUUUGGAUUGCUGCAGCAGCCAAGAAGCCAUCUCCUCAGGAAAUUUCAGAAGUGGAAACAAUGUACAAGAUGUUGCUUGGUAGAGGUGUGAAUUUCCCCCAGGAUUAUCCAACUGGAUGCUUGCUGGGUUGUGUGGAUCUGAUUGACUGUCUUUCUCAAGAGCAGUACAAAGAACAGUACCCUGAAGACUGCCAAGAGUCUGGCUCACCCUUUGUAUUCAUCUGCACAAAUCCUCAGGAGCUCAUUGUAAAAUUUCCAAUGAAAGGAAAGCACAAAAUAUGGAAACUGGACUCAAAGAUUCACCUGGGUGCUAAGAAGGGAUUAAUGAAGCAGAGGCAGAGUGCAUGAACAACACCAUGAGAGAGAGGUGCGCAGUAGUGAACAUUUGGUAAUCAUUGUUAGCAAUGCAUUGAUGUAUUGCAGAUUUGACUUUGUGCUUUAACACCAGUCAACUUUCAUACCAAAUACAAAGCUGAGGUACUUCAUCCAAAGCUCAAACUGGACACUACUACAAGAAGGUUCUUCAUGUGUUCAUUGGAGAAAAGAAAUGCUUAAUACGUGACAAGGAUGAGCAGUGUGCAAGUGUUAAUAGACUAAAGACCAUGUCACUCAGUAAUGAGCAGAACAAUGUGUAGACUCUUACUGGGAGAAUGAGCUUGCCAUAUCCUGUUAGUGGUGCAAGCUACCCAGCUACAGAAAAUUGCAAAACUACAGUUCCAUUGAAAAUUUCUGUAUCACUUCACUUGUUAGUUGGGCUGACCUAAAUAAAUAAAUCAUAUGAAAUAAUAA